AUGUAUCGUCGGAGGAGGCCCAAUGCCAGCAACCACGGAAUUACAAGCGAAUCCUCUUAUACCUCUCCCAUCGAUACCGACAAUGAUAAACCGUUUGAGCUUAAUUCCUCUGAGACCAAUCUCACCGAGCCGGAGUGCUCCCCUCCAGCGGGUCGAACGAUUGCUCGGAAGAAGCCAAGUCCAAAUACUGGAAUAAGAUCGUUACCAACAGACCUGUCGAAUAUAGAACGUGUCCACCAGGCCCGAUACCAAGUCCCAGAUGAUGACACGGACGAGGACCUGGCCCAAGUGCCGGAGGAUUACGGCCGAUCCAACAAAACAAAGAAGUUGAAACUUCGACUCAAAGAGCGUUGGGCUUGGUUCUGCCAAAUGAAAGCGAUGGAGCCCUCCACCGAUCCAAAAUGGGAGGAUGCAGAAGAUGCACUGCGUGAGGCGUCUCCAAAUGAGAUGCAUCGGUUUCUAAAUUGGUGCCUCAAGUUGGAGUACAGUCCCAACGGUCGCCGUCAGAAAGGCUACACAAAGGCCAGCGCCCUUGAAGCGGAUUGGAAGUACUUCCGAAUCUACUAUACACGAGUAACCAAACACGAGAUGAGCAAAGAAAUGGGUGAGGCAGUUCGCACGGGCAUGAGAUACUUGGUGGAUAAGCGCGGUCUUGACAAACAACCGCGGGCAAAUGUCCCAGUUUAUAUCGAGGAUAUGAUUCCAUUCAAUGAGACAAUCCUUCAAACCCGGGAGAAGCGAUUUCACUUGGGGUUUCAGCGGAUCAUCCUAUGUCUAUAUAACACUCUUGGGUUAUUUACCGUCAACCGGAAACAGGCAAUGCUUGAUCUUCAGUUCAAGCAUCUACAAAUAUCGCUCCAGCAGGAUCCGAACGGAGGACCUCCGAAGCCGAUGAUAGAACUCGAGCCCCAGUUUGUGAAAAGCGUCCUGGGCAUGUCGAAGCUGUUGGUGGCACCCCAUGCUAUACACCUGCCCACCCCAGGGCUUGUUUACUGCAAUCAGACUGACUGGUCAAUGAUAAUUAGAAACACGUUCGCGCUACCUGAAAUUGUCUACGGUGUAUCACUUGUCUUCAGCCCGCAUGUUUUGCUCUUCAUUAUAUUAUUUUAUGUUCAUGCCUUUGAAGCGCCUCACUUAACCUCGAUGGAAGACCUUCGGAGAUUGCUUGUCGAGGGCGGCCGACAGGAAAUGCCACUUCCCUUGAAGAGAGAGACGGAUAAUUACUAUGUUUUCCCGAAGGUUGAGGUGAUCUGUGGCCAGCCCCGCAUUUCGUGGGAGACGCCUAUGAAUGGUAGCACACUCGACGCACAACUCAGGACAUCUAGUGAGAUACACGGCUUCCUUAAUCAUUUCUUCUCUCACCAAUUUCGAUACGGAGGAGGUGAUUUACUAGACAAGAGUGGUUUCGUCAGUGAAGCACAGCGUAAUGUGAUCAUGGCCCACGCCACUAGCAGAACUUUUAUCAAACAUUAUCGUCCCCGUCGGCAUACUGGCUUACAAGAGAUCAUGUGCGGCCUCAAUCCAGACGAAGAGUUCUCAAAAGCUGUGACUCGGAUGAGCCGUUGGAUUGAUCGGCGGCGACCACGAUACCUGAGCGACGCUGACCGGCAAUCAGUGGAGAAAGACCCAGAACUGCAAUCAGCGAUACGCUGGCAAGUUGAUUUAGAGACCCAGUGCGCUGAUCGCUCUCAAAACCCAGAAUUGCGAGCGAUGCUGGAGGACCAGAGGCGACAAGUCCACAAUUUGCGCCGUCGUCUGCAAGACAAACGACGGAAAGCAAAACGCCGCGAUUUCAGUCGGAAACAGGCGGUGAUUGACAUUGAAAGACAGCUCACUGGUGGGGCUGUCAGUGAUGAGCCUGCGCGCGAAGUAUUACGGAAGGAGUUUGAAAUGCCAUCGGAGCAGAUUCUUCUCGUGGAGACGUUCUUUACUUGGCCGACCACCGAUUCAUUAGAAGACGAAUGGAUGCGGCGCAACAAAGCUGUUGAUGCUGGAAUACAAUAUUGCGGCUUUCUGGAGGGUGGGCCCCUUCGGGGACGACGGAAGCGCUCUGCACUGUCCGACAAUGACGAUGCAGGUCCCUCUUCGCCAGCUCGAAGGAUAAAACCUAAUACGCCGCUGAAUACUUCGUGGGGGAAUGAACGUACCACUGGCCGGGAACAGAUCCCGAAUGCAGAGCAAACAUUCGCAUGCUUCCAAUGCCCCAAGACAUACUCCGACUAUAAUGGAGUGAAGAGGCAUUUUAGGACAUCCCAUUUGACGGACCGGACAUGUAAUUUCUGCGAUUUGUCCGUCCUACACGAGAUGCACUUGCGGAGGCAUGCCGGGGAUGUCCAUGGCCUCCGAACAUGA